GAGAGAGAAAGCAAGGAGACAAUUCUAACACCAAUGUUCAAAACCACUACAGUUCAGCAGUGUCAUGCUUUGGGCUGGGUGUGUUCCAGCGGCCUCAUGUGCUGUUUCUAAAGAAGGAGUAAUGCUAGGUUAAUUAUAUGGAAGCAGAAACACCUGGUGCAUGUCAUUAUGGACUGAAGUCUUGAAUGAUUUAAUUAUGAUCUUUAUUGUUACAAAUUGGCUCUUCCAAGUAUUUUUCCAUGGAACUUAACAUUUUAUUUUACCAUACACGCUGCUUCUCUUGGGAUGUAUGCCAGGUGGUGUGUGGUUCUUAUAGGAGAGAAUUUUCUGUUUGUGGUAUUUCUGAAUACUAAGAAAUCAGAAGUGAAUUUGAAUUUCCCUUAUGGGCCUUGUGUUUCAAACCGUUGAACACUGAGAGCAAAUCACCUCUCUUCUACACAGUGGAAAGGUGAAAUGUGACUUCUCCUAAGCCAGAAUUCUAUUAUCUUCCAAGCAUCAAUAAAUCAAUAAGCACACUAAAUAUAAAGCCUGCUUCCUGGUUACACAAUGCAGACAGCAGACAAACAGAGGACAUUCUGAUUUAAUAUUGGUGGUUCUGGUGUCCAGUGUUUAGAACAUUUGAAGAAGAAAAACUGAAUUGGAAAUUAGAUUGCUGAGCAGUGUGAAGAAGAGGUGAGAACAACUCUGCACCAACCAAAGCCUGCGUGCUGCUGCAUUCCCACACCCAGCAGCUAUGUCCCGCCCACACCCAGCAGCUAUGUCCCGCCAUGCCCAAGAGAAAGGCUGAAGGGGAUGCUAAAGGAGAUAAGGCCAAGGUGAAGGAUGAACCACAGAGAAGAUCCGCACGGUUUUCUGCUGAACCAGCUCCUCCAAAGCCAGAACCCAAGCCUCAAAAGUCCCCUGCAGGCCGGCGCCGUGGCUCACUAGGCUAAUCCUCCACCUGCGGUGCCGGCACACUGGGUUCUAGUCCUGGUCUGGGCGCCAGAUUCUGUCCCGGUUGCCCCUCUUCCAGGCCAGCUCUCUGCUGUGGCCCGGGAGUGCAGUGGAGGAUGGCCCAGGUCCUUGGGCCCUGCACCCGCAUGGGACACCAGGAGAAGGUGCCUGGCUCCUGGCUUCAGAUCAGCGCGGUGCACCGGCCGCAGCGGCCAUUGUGGGGGGUGAACCAACAGAAA